AUGAGUAAGGCGCCCGUGCGCGAUCUCGCGAGAGCAGCAGACGACGGAAGUACAGUCUGCAGGAUGCGGUUCCUGGUUGCGUUGGUCCUACUGGUGGUUGCAGCGGCGGAAACUGAGGAGCCCACCUCCCUUCCGUCACCUAAUCUGAAGAAAGUAAAGACUGAAGAAAGAGUCUCCAACCAGCACUCUUCCAGCCUUCUGCCUCAGAAUGAUCCACAGGCUCCGAAAGAGCUCAUGGCUGUCAGCUCUGCUGUGUCAAACCCGCAGCCACAGUCCACAGGAGACAACUCCAACCAGUCAGAUAGCGACCACCCGUCCACAGAAAACAGUCCUAGCAAGUUGAAUAAGGAGCACCAGUCCAUGGCAAACAGACCUGACAAGUCAGAUAAGGACCACCACUCCACAGAAAACAGUCCUGGCAAAUCAGAUAAGGAGCACCAGUCCACAGAAAACAGCCAUGGAAAGUCAGAUAAGGAGCACCAGUCCACGGAAAACAGUCCUGGCGAGUCGGAUAAGGACCACCAGUCCACGGAAAACAGCCAUGGAAAGUCAGAUAAGGACCACAAGUCCACGGAAAACAGUCCUGGCGAGUCGGAUAAGGAGCACCAGUCCACGGAAAACAGUCCUGGCGAGUCGGAUAAGGACCACAAGUCCAUGAAAAACAGUCCUGGCAAGUCGGAUAAGGAGCACCAGUCCACGGAAAACAGUCCUGGUGAGUCGGAUAAGGAGCACAAGUCCAUGGAAAACAGUCCUGGUGAGUCGGAUAAGGAGCACCAGUCCACGGAAAACAGUCCUGGCAAGUCGGAUAAGGAGCACCAGUCCACGGAAAACAGUCCUGGUGAGUCGGAUAAGGAGCACCAGUCCACGGAAAACAGUCCUGGUGAGUCGGAUAAGGACCACAAGUCCAUGGAAAACAGUCCUGGUGAGUCGGAUAAGGACCACAAGUCCAUGGAAAACAGUCCUGACAAGGAGCACCAGUCCACGGAAAACAGUCCUGGCGAGUCAGAUAAGGAGCACCAGUCCACGGAAAACAGUCCUGGUGAGUCGGAUAAGGAGCACCAGUCCACGGAAAACAGUCCUGGUGAGUCGGAUAAGGACCACAAGUCCACGGAAAACAGUCCUGGUGAGUCGGAUAAGGACCACAAGUCCAUGGAAAACAGUCCUGACAAGGAGCACCAGUCCACGGAAAACAGUCCUGGCGAGUCAGAUAAGGAGCACCAGUCCACGGAAAACAGUCCUGGUGAGUCGGAUAAGGAGCACCAGUCCACGGAAAACAGCCCUGACAAGUCAGACAAGGAGCACCUGGCCACAGAAGACAGUUCUGGCAAGUUAGAUUGGGAGCAGCAGUCCACGAAAGACAGUUCUGAACCUGAAGGGGAUUCUCCACCCAAAGAAGAGAAGGAAAUGCCUGGCCCUGCCUCUGGAGAGAACCUUGAAGGGACACUUUGGGAUUCCAUAAAUAGGAAGAAGGAUGACCUUUAUAAGGACAAUCUUGGAAGUGCGGAGAGCAGUCACUUCUUUGCAUAUCUGGUGACUGCAGCCAUUCUUGUUGCUGUUCUCUAUAUUGCUUAUCACAACAAGCGGAAGAUUAUUGCUUUUGCCCUGGAAGGAAAAAAAUCCAAACUUACUCGGCGACCAAAGGCCAGUGACUACCAGCUUUUGGACCAGAAGAUUUGAUCUUUCUGUUUUUGAGAACCUCAUCGUCCCUGCUGAUUUGUUUCUAAAUCAAGAUAAAUGAAGAUAAAAGUACUGUGAACUAAGAGAUACCCUCUAGGGUUUGGUGGCAAGUCCGGGCUGGCAGAGAUCGGGGGUGGGGAGCAUGGCUUUGGUUUUUGCACCUGCACUUUAGUGACCCUGUACCCCUUUGUUCCCGUUAUUUACGCUGGUGUCUUCCAUCCUUUCCCCCUGUGAGUAUGAGUAUAAGGAUCAAGCAGGUGGGAACCCAGUUUUGGCCAAAUGGAGGUCCCAGCCCCUGACAGGGCCUCGGCUCUAUAGUGAAAUAACCCCUAGAAAGUAGCAUUGCACUCGCCACUAUUUAUUUUUGCAGACCUAGGAGAAAACUCAGCUGCUUGAGGUACUUUCCACCAGGGUCUCUUACUCUGGGGGGAUGUGCCCUACAAGGUGAAUGCUGAUGGGCAAAGAGCUACAUUAAACACAAUUCUUUUCAAAUGCUUCAGUAGCAAACCAAAACAAUAGCUUAAAAAAAUGCUUUACUGCCUGCAGGUUCAACCUGUCCAGCACAUUUUCAUAUUAUGUAAGACAAAGUGAAUCAGCUUCCAUUUGGUUGGUACUGAGUAUAAAACUGAACUUGGGGCUUCUGGGAGUUAGAGCUAUAAAGCCACUGUUCCCAUUGCAGAUUUUUAGAAAUAAAGUUGUGAUUGUUGAA